AUGCAGCCGCUUGCAUAUUUCGCGGUGAGGAGUUUGCUUGGGUGGCUGCAAUGGAUGGAGAGGGCAGAACAUGCUUUCAUCAGCAACGCUUUAGUCCUGGUUGCUGCGGGAGCCGCGCAUUGCUGGGCAGUGGUGUAUUCCCUCUUCAUUGCCAUCCACACGCGUGCCAUGCGGUACGAAGGUUACCACGAGGGAUACACAGAGCAUUUGCCAUUUUGGGUUUCCUGGACUGAGAACCUGGCAGUCGCCUCCAUGGGCAUUUGGUGGGCAGCAGGUUUUUCCACCGCUGCAAUUCGCAUCAUUGAUGAUGAUGCGAAAGGCUUGCCAAUGGACGGCAAUGACGUGCAGGUGAAUCAAUUUAUCCGCCUUCUUCGAUCUGAAAAGUUGCACGACGGAUUGGCCUUGGCCCACACUCUCAGCUGCAUAGGGCUGUUUGUCAGCAUCAUCCUGCUCUGCGUUGCCAUGGGCCUGAUGAAGGGCUCGGUGACCGCGUGCGAGCUUUGCCUGUGCUUCGUUGCCAUCGGCUUUGCCAUUCCGCAUGCACUGGUGGCUGCUCGACGUUUGGACUUCUCCAAUGCAAAGAAGAACGAGGAUGCUACCCCCGCAGUGCAAUCGGCGGCAGCAGAGGCAGCAGCGCAGGAGGCUGCAGCUUUGGGACCUCAGCUAUGUGUCGUCCUGGCGCUGGCUGACUCGCCUGGCCAUGCGUACUUGUGGCAGAAUUUUGUGUACUUUGUAGCUGCCGUCGCAUAUGUGGCCGCGGUCGCCGCGUGUGGGCGCUCCCCAUCCAAGGUGGGGAAUGCUGCGCUGCCUCCACAGUCGGCAGAGGUCAUUUCCUGUCUGGUGCUGGACGUCGUGGCAUCUGUCUCCUUGGUACGCUCCCAGAGCUGGGAUGGCUUCAUGCGGGGAAAUGUCAUUUCAGCAAGUUGCUUGCAGCAGCUUGCACUCAGGCAGCGGGUGGAGCCCUGCGUGAAAGCGAGAAGGCAGUCGCAGGAGACAUCACCUCUUCAAGCAGUUGUAUCCUACCUGGAUGCUGCUUUCACAGUAACAGAGAGAGGCAGCAGCGUCGGACAGGAAAUCCGAGCCGGCCUGGUGACAUGGGUCACCAUGAGCUACAUUGUUGUCGUAAACCCCAUCAUUCUGAGCGCCAGAUUUGAGGAUGGAAGCUCUCCGAUUUCCUUCCACGCUGCUUGCAGGGCCACGUGUCUGUCAGCGGCUUUCGCUUCCGGAUUUGUAGGACUUGCUGCAAACCUUCCUUUUGGAUUGGCGGCUGGUAUGGGACUGAAUUCCUAUCUCCGCUAUGGCAUCAUUGACAGACUUGGCCUCGGGCCGGAGGGAGCCCUGGCCGCCUGCUUCAUGCAGGCGGUGGCUUUUGGGCUGCUGGCAGCCAGCGGAUUGGUUGACAGAGUGCAAGGCGCGCUGCCGCACGGCUUGAAGUCAUCCAUCACUGUUGCCAUCGGCGUGUUUCAGGCCUUUGUUGGGCUGCAGCUGAUGGGGCUUGUGGUGAAGAGCGACACGACCCUGGUUGCUCUUGGUGAUCUAUCCCAGCCCAAUUUGUGGCUGGCCUUCACUGCUACGAUCCUGGUCGCCGGCCUCCUGGUUCGGAAGGUCACCGGAGCUUUGCUUCUAGGCAUUUGCUUCACAGCGGUGGCCUCCCACCUGCUUGGCUUGCCCAACCCCAACCAGCCUGCCGCCGGCCUUUCAGCGGGCGCCGAUUUGCCGCGCAUCUUCGAUUUGGACUUCACUCCGAUGAUUGAAAAGCCUCAGGACUUUGGAACGGCGGUCCUGUGCCUGCUUUUUAUUGUUGUGUUUGACACCGCAGGCGUGCAACACGGUAUUGGACAGCAGGCUGGACUCCUGGACAACAGAGGCUUUCUGCCUGGAGCGAAGUACGGCUACUUGGGCAGUGCCUUUGGCACUGGCCUGGGAGCUGUGAUGGGCACCAGCCCUGUCAUCAUCCACAAUGAGUCGGCCGCUGGAGUUCAAGAAGGCGGCCGAACAGGGCUUUGCGCCAUCACCACCGCGGUACUUUUCUUGGUAUCGCCCAUUCUUGUGCCAGUGAUCGAGCUCAUCCCGCCUGAGGCAACCGCACCUUGCUUGGUGCUGGUUGGAAGCAUGAUGAUGGGUCCCGUGAAAGACAUUGACUUUGGCGACUUGCGCCUGGCCUUGCCUGCUUUCCUGACGAUCUGCAUCACGCCCUUGGCGUACUCAAUCUCAGCUGGCAUCUUCGUGGGAAUCGCCUCUUACUACGUUUUGGGCGGGGUCCUGUGGCUGGCCGAGGCGGUAUCGCAAGAGCAGCCAAAGUCAAGUCUGCCGAUCCUCCUGUCGACUGAUGACGACGAGCUUAUUCCAGAGGCUCCUUGA